AAAAUUUUCAAAAAAAAAAAAGAAAUAAAUAUUCAAACAAAUUUAAGACGUAAUAUUGAAGUUGUAUACAAAAAAAUCCAUAAUUUAUCUUUAAUUUGACAGAUUUUUUUUUGAAACCAAAAAUGAAUAUAUUAAGAUAUUUUUGUGUCUGGAUAAUCGCAUUUCUGUGGCUCUUUGCCUUUUUGACGCCAUCCGUAAAUGCCUGCUCGUGUAUGCCCAGCCACCCACAGACACAUUUUUGUGAAGCUGACUACGUGAUAGUCAUGCGAGUUCUGAGAAAAUCACAUCGACUAGUUAAGGACCAUUUGGCGUAUAAGAUUGAAAUAAAAAAAUCAUACAAGAUGACAGAUGCCGCCCAAAAUAUUCUCAAACACGGACGCCUAUCGACAGCCCUUUCAGAAUCAAUGUGUGGAGUAAACUUGGAAGUGGGUAAACUUUAUGUUGUUGCAGGAAGAGGCUCCAAGUUGAGCCUAUGUAACUACAUCAAAGAAUACCAAAAAAUGACGAUUAUUGAGAGAAGAGGUUUCUCUGGAGCUUAUCGUAAAGGAUGUAAAUGCAAGAUAAACAUGAACUUUGGAGGUCGUGUAGUGGAAAAAUCUGAUUCCUGUAAUUGGUCACCAUUCAAAAAAUGUGAAACUGAUUUCAGCUUAUGCGUACCACUUGUGUAUAGGACACCAGAAGGACUUAUUUCCCAAUGUCAUUGGAGAAAAACACCUCCCUAUAAAGCGUGUUUAGCUGAUCCAUAAAGGAAUUGCACUCAUAACUCUUUACUAUAUGUACUUGUAUAUGCAUUAUAACUUCGACAGGAGCUUUAAUUCUAAUAAUAAUUAUUUUUAAU